AUGCAAACGACUCGGUCUUUCGCUACUUCAGUACUUGCUUGCGCUCUUUUGUCUGUUCCCCCGCGAGUGCUGGCCGAUUAUACGGUCAAGGUAGACGCUGCUACGACCAUUCAGUCUUCGUGGGACGGCUGGGGUACGUCACUUUGUUGGUGGGCCAAUCACUAUGGAGAGCGCGUCGACAUUGCUGAUGCUCUAUUUACUUUAAACAAGAGCGUGACAAUUCAAGGCUCUUCUUCUGGACUGCCUGGUCUUGGCUUUAACAUUGCUCGGUACAACAUUGGAGGUUCAAGCAAAAACGUCGUUGAUGACGAUGGUAAAGAAGUCGCGAUGAAACAGUCGAAGAAUAUGCAACCGUAUAGGUUUAUGGAGAGCUUUUGGAUUGAUUGGAUGAGUGCAGAUACUGCGUCGGCGAGCUGGAAUUGGGAUGCCGAUCCUAGACAGCGUGCGAUGUUGAUGCUUGCCAUCGAAAGGGGAGCUGACCAGCUCGAAGCGUUUUCGAAUUCACCACCGUGGUGGAUGAACCAUAAUCAUGCAACUGCCGGUGGAGAUAACGGAAAGAAGGACAAUCUGACACCUCAUAACUACGAAGAGUUUGCUCUGUACCUGGCCACAGUUGUAAAUAUGUUCAAGACGCGCUGGGGUGUAAACUUUGAUUAUGUUGAGCCAUUCAAUGAACCAUCCGAAUCGUGGUGGGAAUUUCCUAGUAAGCAGGAAGGAUGUCACUUUUCGUGGGCUACUCAAAAAAAGAUAUUAAUUCUGCUUCGCAAGCAGCUGGAUGCUCUGAAUCUGCAAGAUGUCGCGAUCGCUACGCCUGAUGAGAAUUCGCCUGAUGCAACCUUACACACACUUGAAGACAUGGAGAAGACAGCUGGUAUCGUCGAAACGUUUACAAAAAUUAACACACACGGGUACCUCGGUCUGGAUGCGUAUCGUGGUGAUAAGCGUAAGCCACUUAGAGACCUCACAAACAAGUUCAAAAAGACGUUAUGGGACUCUGAACUGGCAGAGAACGAUGGCUCUGGUCUCACCAUGGCUGAGUCAAUCGCUCUUGAUAUUAACGAGAUGGGCGCAAAAGGCAUUGUGUACUGGCAGGCGCUCGAUAGCGGUGGCUGGGGCCUCAUUGCUUCUAAUCCGGGUGAUGACUGGAUGGGUGAAGCCAACCCGAAAUACUACGUGAUGGCGCAGUACACCCGUCACAUCCGUCCUGGUAUGCAGAUCCUUGCCUCAGACGAUGUGAAAACCGUCGUGGCUUUUGAUGCUGACAAGAAAUGUUUAGUACUCGUGACAGUGAAUGUGGGCGACGCCCAGUCGAUCACGUUUGACCUCGCAAGCUUUGGAGCAGUGACUGGCCCUGUCAUGGAGUGGACCACUGAGACCAGCGGUACGGGUGCGCUUUACGUUGAAAGCACUUGCCCUAUCGUGGGUAAAUCGUUUACCGCCAACUUACCGGCAAAAUCGGUCAGGACUUUCGAAGUCUCAAUAUCUACGCUUGUAUCUUAA